AAUUGAAGAGGCAUGGAAGUUGAAGUCCUCUGUGUGGAAAGGCACCAAAGAGAAAGAGAGAGAGAGAAACACACUAAUUAUCACUACACUUCGAUAUAACCGCAAUGGUGGACGUGGACCGGAGGAUGACCGGUCUAAACCCGGCCCACGUAGCCGGUCUACGCCGUUUAUCGGCCCGAGCAGCGGCAGCUUCGUCUGUCCCGGUCCGUAACGGUGUCGUUUCAUUCGCUUCCUUGGCAGAUAAAGUCAUAAACCACCUUCGGGACUCGGGCAUACAUGUGCAGCAUGGUCUCUCCGACGCGGAGUUCGCACGUGCCGAGGCGGAGUUCGGGUUCGUCUUCCCUCCGGACCUCCGCGCCGUCCUGGCUGCGGGGCUUCCCGUUGGUCCGGGAUUCCCGGACUGGCGCUCCGGCGGCGCGCGGUUGCAUCUGCGCGCCUCGCUGGACCUUCCGAUCGCGGCGAUUUCAUUCCAGAUCGCAAGGAACGCGGUGUGGUCGAAGUCAUGGGGUCCGAGGCCGUGUGAGCCGGAGAAGGCCCUGCGAGUGGCGCGGAACGCGCUGAAGAGAGCGCCGCUGUUGAUUCCUAUAUUCAACCAUUGCUACAUUCCGUCCAAUCCCUCCCUCGCUGGAAACCCCAUCUUCUUCGUCGACGAGAACAGAAUCUUCUGCUGCGGCUUGGAUCUCUCCGAUUUCUUCGACCGCGAGUCGCUCUUCCGGAGCUCCGAAGCGGAUCCUAUACUUCUGAAGAAGCAGCGAUCCGUAAGCGAGAAAUCAACCGGAGUUUCUGUUUCCGCCGGGUUCUCACGGCGGAGCCUCGACUCCGGCGGAAGGACGCCGCGGUGGGUGGAGUUCUGGACUGACGCCGCCACGGAUAAGCGGAAGAGAAACUCUUCGUCGUCUUUGUUGUCGUUAUCAGCGUCUUCGUCGCCAGAGAGGUUUUUCGAGAUGCCUCGGAGUAAAGUCCCGGGUUGGGUAGAAGAAUAUAUAGGACAAAUCGGGUCGGUUUUGAAAGCUGGUGGUUGGAGCGAAUCAGAUAUAAAGGAAAUGGUUGAGGUUUCAGCUUCUGGAUUCUUCGAGGGAGAGAUGGUGGUGUUGGAUAAUCAAGCCCUGUUGGAUGCUCUGCUUCUGAAAGCAGACAGGUUUUCGGAUUCGCUCCGAAAAGCGGGGUGGAGCUCCGAAGAGGUUUCCGAAGCUUUGGGAUUCGAUUUCCGACCUGAGAAGGAGCGGAAACCGGUUAAGAAGCUGUCGCCUCAACUUGCAGAGAGGAUUGAGAAACUGGCUCAGUCGGUUUCCAGGUCAAGACACGAUACUUGGGAGAGGGAAACUGGAUGAAUAAAUUUACCUACAGUUUUUAUUUUUUAUUUUUCCUGGUUUGCUUUUCCCUCUUUUGGGUUGAAAACGAAGGAUUGGGGAAACGCGAUGUACUAUGAAACAAAGUGCACAAAAUAGAUCAAAGAGGUUUAACAUUACACAA